AUGGCGGCGAUCGGCCGCGGCCGCUCGCUGAAGAACCUCCGAAUACGAGGGCGGAAUGACAGCGGCGAGGAGAACGUCCCGCUGGAUCUGACCCGAGAACCUUCUGAUAACUUAAGGGAGAUUCUCCAAAAUGUGGCCAAAUUGCAAGGAGUAUCAAAUAUGAGAAAGCUAGGCCAUCUGAAUAACUUCACUAAGCUGCUUUGUGAUAUUGGCCACAGUGAAGAAAAACUGGGUUUUAACUAUGAGGAUAUCAUAAUUUGCUUGCGGUUAGCUUUAUUGAAUGAAGCAAAAGAAGUGCGGGCAGCAGGACUUCGAGCUCUUCGGUAUCUCAUCCAAGACUCCAGUAUUCUGCAGAAGGUGCUAAAAUUGAAAGUGGACUAUUUAAUAGCUAGGUGCAUUGACAUACAGCAGAGCAACGAGGUAGAGAGGACGCAAGCACUUCGAUUGGUCAGAAAGAUGAUUACUGUGAAUGCUUCCUUGUUUCCUAGCUCUGUGGCCAACUCAUUAAUAGCAGUUGGAAAUGAUGGACUUCAAGAAAGAGACAGAAUGGUCCGAGCAUGCAUUGCCAUUAUCUGUGAACUAGCACUUCAGAAUCCAGAGGUGGUUGCCCUUCGAGGUGGACUGAACACCAUCUUGAAAAAUGUGAUUGAUUGCCAAUUAAGUCGAAUAAAUGAGGCUCUCAUAACUACAAUUUUGCACCUUCUUAAUCAUCCAAAGACCCGACAGUAUGUACGAGCUGAUGUAGAAUUAGAGCGAAUUUUAGCACCCUAUACCGAUUUUCACUACAGACAUAGUCCAGAUACAGCUGAAGGACAGCUAAAAGAAGACAGAGAAGCAAGGUUUCUAGCCAGUAAAAUGGGAAUCAUAGCAACAUUCCGGUCAUGGGCAGGUAUUAUUAAUUUAUGUAAACCUGGAAACUCUGGGAUUCAGUCUCUAAUUGGAGUACUUUGCAUUCCAAAUAUGGAAAUAAGGCGAGGUCUCCUUGAAGUGCUUUAUGAUAUAUUUCGUCUUCCUCUACCUGUUGUGACUGAAGAGUUCAUAGAAGCACUGCUCAGUGUAGAUCCAGGUAGAUUCCAAGACAGUUGGAGACUUUCAGAUGGCUUUGUAGCAGCUGAGGCAAAAACUAUUCUUCCUCAUCGUGCCAGAUCCAGGCCAGACCUCAUGGAUAAUUAUUUGGCACUGAUACUCUCAGCAUUUAUUCGUAAUGGACUUUUAGAAGGUUUGGUUGAGGUAAUAACAAACAGUGAUGACCAUAUCUCAGUUAGAGCCACCAUCCUUUUAGGAGAACUUUUACAUAUGGCAAACACAAUUCUUCCUCAUUCACAUAGCCAUCAUUUGCACUGCCUGCCAACCCUAAUGAAUAUGGCUGCAUCCUUUGAUAUCCCUAAGGAAAAGAGAUUGCGAGCCAGUGCAGCUUUGAACUGUUUAAAACGCUUCCAUGAAAUGAAAAAACGAGGACCUAAACCUUAUAGCCUUCAUUUAGAUCACAUUAUUCAGAAAGCAAUUGCAACACAUCAGAAACGAGAUCAGUAUCUCCGAGCUCAGAAAGAUAUAUUUGUUCUUAAGGAUACAGAGGAAGCUCUUCUAAUGAACCUUAGAGAUAGCCAAGUCCUUCAACAUAAAGAGAAUCUUGAAUGGAAUUGGAAUCUUAUUGGGACCAUUCUUAAGUGGCCAAAUGUAAAUCUAAGAAACUAUAAAGAUGAACAGUUGCACAGGUUUGUACGAAGACUACUUUAUUUUUACAAGCCCAGUAGUAAGUUAUACGCCAAUCUGGAUCUGGAUUUUGCCAAGUCCAAGCAGCUCACAGUUGUGGGUUGUCAGUUUACAGAAUUUCUUCUUGAGUCUGAAGAGGAUGGGCAGGGAUACUUAGAAGAUCUAGUAAAGGAUAUUGUUCAGUGGCUCAAUGCCUCUUCUGGAAUGAAACCUGAAAGAAGCCUUCAAAAUAAUGGUUUAUUGACUACUCUCAGUCAACACUACUUUUUAUUUAUUGGAACACUUUCUUGCCACCCUCAUGGCGUCAAAAUGCUGGAAAAAUGCAGCGUAUUUCAAUGUUUACUUAACCUUUGCUCCUUGAAAAACCAAGAUCACUUGCUAAAACUGACUGUUUCAAGCUUGGACUAUAGCAGAGAUGGUUUGGCCAGGGUCAUCCUUUCCAAAAUCUUAACAGCAGCCACUGAUGCCUGCAGACUGUAUGCAACAAAACAUUUAAGAGUAUUAUUGAGAGCUAAUGUUGAAUUCUUCAAUAAUUGGGGAAUUGAAUUACUUGUGACCCAGCUGCAUGAUAAAAACAAAACUAUUUCUUCUGAGGCCCUUGAUAUUCUUGAUGAAGCAUGUGAAGACAAGGCCAAUCUUCAUGCACUUAUUCAGAUGAAGCCAGCUUUAUCUCACCUUGGGGACAAGGGUUUGCUUCUCCUCCUGAGAUUUCUCUCCAUUCCAAAAGGGUUUUCCUAUUUGAAUGAAAGGGGUUAUGUAACAAAACAGUUGGAAAAGUGGCACAAGGAGUAUAAUUCAAAAUAUGUUGACUUGAUUGAAGAACAGCUUAAUGAAGCACUUACCACUUACCGGAAGCCAAUUGAUGGUGACAACUAUGUUCGUCGGAGUAACCAAAGAUUACAGCGUCCUCACGUCUACCUACCUGUACAUCUUUAUGGACAACUGGUACACCACAAAACAGGCUGUCAUUUAUUGGAAGUACAGAAUAUUAUUACGGAACUCUGUCACAAUGUCCGUACACCAGAUUUGGAUAAAUGGGAAGAAAUUAAAAAACUGAAAGCAUCUCUCUGGGCCUUGGGAAAUAUUGGCUCAUCUAAUUGGGGUCUCAAUUUGCUACAAGAAGAAAAUGUGAUUCCAGAUAUACUGAAACUUGCAAAACAGUGUGAAGUUCUUUCAGUCAGAGGGACCUGUGUAUAUGUUCUUGGGCUCAUAGCCAAAACCAAGCAAGGCUGUGAUAUUCUAAAAUGUCACAAUUGGGAUGCUGUAAGGCACAGUCGUAAACAUCUGUGGCCAGUGGUUCCUGAUGAUGUAGAACAACUCUGUAAUGAGCUCUCAUCUGUCCCAAGCACCCUAAGUUUGAACUCGGAGUCAACAAGCUCUAGACAUAAUAGUGAAAGUGAAUCUGCACCAUCAAGUAUGUUCAUCAUGGAGGAUGACCGCUUUGGCAGCAGCUCUACUAGUACAUUUUUCCUCGACAUCAAUGAAGAUGCAGAGCCAGCAUUUUAUGACCGACCUGGACCUAUAAAGGAUAAAAAUCCAUUCCCUUUCUUUGCUUCUAGUAAACUUGUAAAGAAUCGUAUCUUAAAUUCUCUUACUUUGCCUAAUAAAAAACAUCGUAGCAGCAGUGAUCCAAAAGGAGGAAAACUGUCAUCUGAAAAUAAGACAAGCAACAGACGGAUCAGAACACUUACAGAGCCCAGUGUUGACUUUAAUCAUAGUGAUGAUUUCACACCCAUAUCCACAGUACAGAAAACAUUACAAUUAGAAACUUCAUUUGUUGGGAAUAAGCACAUUGAAGACACUGGUAGUACUCCAAGUAUUGGAGAGAAUGACUUAAAAUUCACCAAGAGUCUUGGUACAGAGAAUCACAGAGAAAACACAAGCCGAGAAAAAUUAGUUGUAGAAAGUUCAUCGAGCUCACAUAUGAAGAUACGUAGCCAGAGUUUUAAUACAGAUACUACAACAAGUGGCAUAAGUUCAAUGAGUUCAAGUCCUUCACGAGAGACAGUAGGUGUAGAUGCUACGACUGUGGACACAGACUGUGGAAGUAUGAGUACUGUGGUAAGUACUAAAACUGUUAAGACGAGCCACUAUUUGACGCCACAGUCUAACCAUCUCUCUCUCUCUAAAUCAAACUCAGUGUCCCUGGUGCCUCCAGGUUCUUCUCAUACACUUCCUAGAAGAGCACAGUCCCUUAAAGCACCCUCUAUUGCUACAAUUAAAAGUCUAGCAGACUAUAACUUUAGUUACACAAGUUCUAGAGAUGCCUUUGGCUACGCUACCCUGAAAAGAUUACAGCAGCAAAGAAUGCAUCCAUCCUUAUCUCAUUCUGAAGCUUUGGCAUCCCCAGCAAAGGAUGUGCUGUUUACUGAUACCAUCACCAUGAAGGCCAACAGCUUUGAGUCCAGGUUAACACCAAGCAGGUUCAUGAAAGCUUUAAGUUAUGCUUCGCUAGAUAAAGAAGAUUUAUUAAGUCCUAUUAACCAAAAUACGCUGCAGCGAUCCUCCUCCGUGAGGUCCAUGGUGUCCAGUGCGACAUAUGGUAGCUCAGAUGACUAUAUUGGUCUUGCUCUUCCAGUAGAUAUCAAUGAUAUAUUCCAGGUAAAGGAUAUUCCUUAUUUUCAAACAAAAAAUAUACCUCCACAUGAUGAUCGAGGUGCAAGAGUAUUUGCCCAUGAUGCUGGAGGUCUUCCGUCUGGAACUGGAGGUCUUGUAAAAAACUCUUUUCACUUGCUACGACAGCAGAUGAGUCUUACGGAAAUAAUGAAUUCAAUCCAUUCAGAUGCUUCUCUGUUUUUAGAAAGUACAGAAGACACUGGACUACAGGAACAUACAGAUGAUAACUGCCUUUAUUGUGUCUGUAUUGAAAUUCUGGGUUUCCAGCCCAGUAACCAGCUGAGUGCAAUAUGUAGUCAUUCAGACCUUCAAGACAUUCCAUAUUCUGAUUGGUGUGAGCAGACUAUCCAUAAUCCCUUAGAAGUAGUUCCCUCUAAAUUUUCUGGCAUUUCUGGAUGCAGUGAUGCAGUGUCUCAAGAAGGCUCAGCCAGCAGCACUAAAAGUACCGAAUUGCUACUAGGUGUUAAAACAAUUCCAGAUGAUACACCAAUGUGCCGAAUACUCCUUCGCAAAGAAGUUCUGAGAUUAGUCAUUAAUUUGAGUAGUUCAGUUUCAACUAAAUGUCAUGAAACUGGGCUUUUAACAAUUAAAGAGAAGUAUCCUCAAACAUUUGAUGACAUAUGCCUUUACUCUGAGGUUUCCCAUUUGCUGUCACACUGCACAUUUAGACUUCCAUGUCGGAGGUUCAUACAAGAAUUAUUUCAGGAUGUACAGUUUUUACAAAUGCAUGAAGAAGCAGAGGCUGUCUUGGCAACACCACCAAAGCAACCUAUAGUUGAUACAUCUGCUGAAUCCUGA